AUGAGUGAGAGAGACAUACAAAGCCUGAGCAAAUGGGUUUUCGUGCUCACUCUUUGCCUUACCACGCUGUGGGGAAGACUGACGCUGGCCUCCACCCAUCACAGAAGCCAUUCAGUGCACGUAGAGCCUGGCACGUGUGAAGUCAUUGCAGCUCACAGGUGCUGCAAUAAGAACAAGAUUGAGGAGCGCUCCCAGACGGUGAAAUGCUCCUGCUUCCCCGGGCAGGUGGCAGGGACGACACGGGCAGCUCCCUCCUGCGUGGAUGCCUCCAUCGUGCUGCAGAAGUGGUGGUGCCAGAUGGAGCCGUGCCUCGACGGGGAGGAGUGCAAGGUGCUGCCCGACCUCUCGGGCUGGAGCUGCAGUAGCGGCAACAAAGUGAAGACGACCAAGGUCACACGAUAG